GCUGCCCUUUGUCACUCCGCCGCAUUGCGAUGACGAUCACGACUCGGUCGAGGCGGGCCACUGCUUUCACGAGUGGGCACACGCCAGCCGUUGUUGGCCCUGGGUCUUAUGCACCUGACAAUGCCACUCAUCCGAUCGUGCAACCGAGCUACUCCGCCUUUGCAAGUUCGAACAAGCGAGACUUGAACAAGAACACUGGGACGUCAGCAAUCACCCCAGGUCCUGGGGCGUACGCCACGGACGCCACGGCAGGCCACACCUCUGGAGUUGCCUGUGGCCAGUCGUCCAACGUGUUCACGACAAAGGUGCCUCGGUUUGCUCCCCACGCACCAGGAUCGACCAUCUACCUUCCUUCCACAGUCAAUGACAACCCCGGUCCCGGAGCGUACUCGUGCCCAAGUGCUCUGGAACCGACAGACAAGUUCACGGCGAUGCGCCCAACGUCGCAUCAGUUCUCCAACUUGAUUAAACAAGGGGUCCCAACCAUUCCUCGAAAAGACCAAAGCUACGGGUACAGCACCGAUGGCGACGGCGACCUCCACCGGCACUCAGCCCCCGCUUCGACGUACUCUGGGCUGGGCAAUGACACCGUCGGGCCAGCUUGCUACAACGUCCGAAAGGAGCCAGGGGGUGACCUUGCUGCCACCGUGGCCAGCUUGAAGUCCACGACCAAGCGAGACGUAUGGGACGAAUUGUCCCCGCGACUCGAUAUUCCAGGCCCAGGCCAUUACAACCCCAAGGGACUCACGUCGACAAUGGACAAGGCAGAAAAACCAAGCGCCGUGUUUGCGUCCAAGGUCCCGAUAUUGCCCGAGCCGCGGCGGAUCCAGCAAGACGACGAGAAGGCGUUGCUCCUGGCCCUUCACGAGCAAACCCACGUGCGAAAGUCCAAGUUUCGGGGAAUCAAGAAGGAGCAAUUCGGAUCCACGUCGGGGCGCACCGACAUCGCGUCCAACAUGCACACACCGUUCGUGACCCCCACGUGCAACGAAACCCCCGGGCCUGGCACGUACGUGGACAAGAAGAAGAACCGAUAUGCCGUCAAUCGUAUACAUCAACGGCCGACUCUCCGCGACGACGGCGUCGGGUUCCAAGCAGUGUCUGAGCGGCCAUGCCUAGCCAAAACGAAAACCAACAACCCGAUGGGGCCUGGCGCGUACAACCCGACGGGCUACGGCCACACGCUGGAGAAGAAGGUGCGACAGCGUCAAGGGAUCGGACGGAUGGGGCAGUUUGGAUCGACAACAGAGCGGUUCCUGUGGAACAUGACCCCCGAAUCCAUGGAGCCGGAGGAGCAAACCCCCGGACCUGGAACAUAUAUCCCGGCACAACCCCCGCACAACCGCACUGGUCCCGCCAACGGACGGCGGCCCCGUGUGUACACGUCGUCCGCGUUCCGGAGCACCACCGAGAGAUUUGCCAAAGGCAACAACCACGCGCCAGAGUUCCACAUCGUCGGGGCAUGUUCGGCGCCUGCAGUCGGCGACUACGACCUGGUCAACCCCCCGCAGCACAAAGUCGCGACGAAUCCGUACCUGAAGAUCCCGUUUAUGUCCCAGGGACAGCGCAGCGAGAUCGGCCAAGACAUGAAACAGAUGGAAGUGCCGGGGCCAGGCCAGUACGAAGUGUUGUCGCCACGGGACCUUGUUGUUGGGACACAAAGCCGGACGCGAACGAAUGCUGUCCGAUCGACGUUGGGAACGAAGCCUCGCUUCGACAAAGGCCCGUCCAAGCCACAUGAGCUGCUUGGUCCCGGGUCGUAUGCAAUUCCGACCACAAUUGGCACCAAGAGCUUCAACGUUACGAUGAAACCAAAAACAUGAUGCUGAUACGUUGCGCUCAUGUCAUGCCCUUGUCGAGAACUACACAGGGCACACGCAUCCUUGAAGCUCAUGAUAAAGGGAAUGAUGAAGGAGGUAGCAAGCUUGUGUUGGUAAGACCAUAGCGUGUCGAGAUAAGUACCGCGGAUGCAAGCAUGUCCUUGCAUCAUAUCAGCCAAGGUCAGACCCCAUCUACUCGCGAAGCA